AACAAAACCAGCCUGUCAUGUGGCAGCGGUGGAGGUACAGUCAUAGCAUUGAAGAGAUUUGUAAUGCAAGGCGGGUGAUUGUUACCCAGUGAUCUUUCACAGAACUUGCGAACCAGCACUGUGAGCACAUGACCGCUGUGCGGUCGCUUGGAGGAGGAGAUUUUGGUUUGGUGGGAGAACAUGCGCUGAGCCAUAAUCUCACUGCGAAGAGGUGGAUUAAAAUGGAACUUUCAAAAGUUUUACAUUCAAAAGGACCAAAAUUGUGACUUAGGAUGUUUUUUCUCGUCUAUAAUAAACAUUUCAAAUCAUUUUACAUGACAGUGAAAAUUCUUUUUUUCCCCUGGAUGUAUUUUUCCACUGAUACAUUGGUUUCAAUUUAUUUCUGUAUUGGCCUACUUUGGACUUUCACCUCCCCUGUAAAUCACUUCAUCCUGCUCUAAUCUCCUCAGCUCCCCUUUCCUUUUUACCAUCAUUUCCCCAUUUCCUGCCUCUCUUCAACUUUCUUGCAAUCCUCACCUCUUCACUUCUCGGCUUCUUUUCCCCUCUUCUUCUUUUCUUUCUUCCUUUCUGUCCCUGUUUUGUGGUUGUCCCCCUGUAAACCUCCGUCAUAUGUCGUGCAUGGUCAGCACCUGACCGGCUCCCUGUUGGCAGUAGCAUUCCUCACGUCCUUCGGGAGCUCCAUGCUCUAUGGCUACAAUCUGGCUGUGGUCAACUCCCCCGCUGUGUACAUAAAGGACUUCUACAACAAGACGGUGGUGAGUCGCAAUGGCACCGGACUCAGUGCGGAUACCCUCACCCUCAUGUACUCCCUCACCGUGUCCGUCUUCGCCAUCGGAGGUCUGCUGGGCUCCCUGGUCGUGGGCAUGCUGGUCACUCGCUUUGGCAGGAAAGGUACAGUGGUAAAUACAUCAGUGCUGGUGUUUAUUGCCGGCUCGCUCAUGGGCUUCAGCAGGAUUUGUGGUUCACCUGAGAUGGUGAUCAUUGGCCGCUUCAUCACAGGAAUUCACUCAGGCAUCUCUCUGAGCGUCGUGCCGAUGUACCUGGGUGAGAUAGCGCCGAAGAACCUGCGAGGCUUCCUGGGUCUCGUGCCGAGCAUCUUCAUCGGCACCGGAGUCUUCACCGCCCAGAUCCUCGGCCUGCAUGAGCUUCUGGGAAAGGAGGAGCACUGGCCCCUGUUUCUUUCAGUGGUGGUGGUACCCACCUUCAUCCAGCUGAUGCUGUUGCCGUGGUUCCCGGAGAGCCCCAGAUACCUGCUGAUGGAGAAACACAACGUCCACGCCACCAUAACAGCCCUGAAGUGGUACCGGGCCAAGUGCAACAUCCAGGCUGAGAUCGAGGAGAUGCAGGAGGAGCAGCGCUCGCUGUCGUCCGUGGAGACGCUGUCGGUGUGGAAACUGUUGCGGGACGACACGGUGCGCUGGCAGGUGCUCAGUGUGGCGGUCGUGAACAUCGGCAUGCAGCUGUCCGGCAUCGAUGCUAUCUGGUUCUACACCAACGACAUCUUUGAAAAUGCAGGAAUCCCGACUCCAGAGAUCCAGUACACCACGGCCGGCACGGGGAUAAUAGAGAUCAUCGCCGGAGUCAUUGGGUGUUUCACCAUAGAGAAGUUGGGCAGGAGGCCGCUCAUGGUCGGGGGUUUCGCCAUGAUGGGCAUCUGCAGUGCGGGAAUCACACUGUCACUCAUUUUACAGGUUCACUUAUUGUUCAUGCGCUACAUCAGCGUUGGCUGCGUGGUCGGCAUCAUCGCUGGCUUCUGUAUCGGUCCAGCCGGCGUCCCCUUCCUGGUCACAGCGGAGCUGUUCAAACAGUCGCACCGCCCCGCCGCCUACAUCGUCGGAGGGUCACUCAACUGGGUGUCCAACUUCACUGUGGGCUUCGUCUUCCCCUUCCUACAGAUGGCAGCCGGCUCCUACUGCUACCUGGUCUUCGCCACCGUGUGUCUGUCCGUGGCCGUCUACGUCUACGUGGUGAUCCCGGAGACCAAGGGCAAGACCUUCAUGGAGAUCAGCCGCAUGUUUUCCAAGAAGGAGGCGGUGCCGGAGACCCAGGGCCUGAUCCACGUGGACCACCUGAAGCUGAAGAAGAUGAACGGCUACGGCGGCAUGGAGCACGCGUCGCUGGAGCUGGACAGCUCUUCUUCCGUGCCUUAAGCUGAGCUUCAGGCCUCUCACUGGGGACUACAAAAAAAACAACAACAAAAAAACACACCAGCCACCUUCUCCUCUCCAUUCUGUUAUUCACCAAACUUCCCCCGCAGCGCGUGACGCUCUGGUCGGGUGAAAGCUGGACUUGGUCACAUGGAUCGCACUCAGGUUCAAAAACACUGCAGAAAAUAGAGUUUGCAGUCCUGCUACUUGCAUUAUCGACGAAAAAUGUUUUUAGCCCUGAAAGGAAAAUUCCGGUAGAUCACAUCUUGGCUCUUGUUUUUCAUAGGUUCUCUUCCUCUCAGUGGUAGAAACACUCUACUCACCGAGCUAUCAGCUGAAGUCUGGGACAUCACCGGGCAAAGGGUUCGACCGGACAACAAACACAAACAGGUUAGCCGGAGAAAAUCCAUCAGAGUUUACAUGGCCACUUUCUGUGCUGACUUCAGAUGUGCACACAGAUUUACAUCAUCUGGAUAAACUGCUGGUGUAUUUUAUUCUUUUCUCUGCAACUGCAUCACGUCAAUGUUCCGAGCUCUCGGCCGUUACUCUGGCGAGUACCGUGUUACUAUAGUCGAAAGGAAUCAUGGCCCAAGUUGUAAUAAACUAGAAUUGUGUUUUAAUAAA